AUGGCACAUACCGCAGAUGCAAAAAGAAACUCUGUAGAAAAUUUCAUACUUGCCUGGUUAGACCCAAAUGGCACGGAACAUCGACAAUCAUCACAUCUAUUUCAAUCUUAUAUUAAUACAAUAAAAUUCUAUUCGUCUUCGAAGGAAUUGCUCCAAUUUGUGGAAGAGAUUCAUGAUGAAGAAGUAUUUGUUAUCAUAUCAGAAGCUCUAGCUAAAGAUAUUGUUACGAGAUUGGAGCCAUAUAAGCAAAUAUAUUCAAUUUAUAUUCUUUGUAAUGAUCGACACUAUCAAGCUGAUUGGACCAAAGACUAUUGGAAAAUUCAAGGAGUGUAUGCAGACCUUCGUCCGAUUCAUGAUGCCAUUCGACGGGAUGUCCGUCAAGCAACAAAUGAUCUAACUUCGAUUGGGAUGCUUUCCAACAAUCACUCAACGACGUUUUACAAUUCGCUGCUAUUGAGAGAAGUCCUACUUCAUUACCCGUCAGAUGAACAAAAGAAAAGAUCGUUGAUUGAAUUCGCACGUGAUCAUUAUAGAGAUAAUCCAAACGAAUUAAUCAUCAUUGAUCAGUUUGAAAAUCACGUUUUCAAGCAAUUAUCACCUAUCGAGUGGUAUACUCGCGAAUGUUUUCUUUCUUCGAUGAUUCAUCGAGCUUUAAGAUUAGCCGAUAUGGAAAUUCUUUACCAAACUGCUUUCUUCAUCUCUGAUUUACAUAAACAAAUCAAUGAUUUAUACACUCAAUCCACGGAUCCUCAGACUUUAUCGGUUUAUUACAGUCAAGCGCUCUCGAGUGACCGAUUUCAACGUUUGAACAUGCAAAUCAACGAUUUCAUUUCAUUCAAUACCUUUUUACGAACGACGAUCGAUCGUGAAAUUUCGUUGAGCUUUGCAAGACAAUCUGCAAAUAACUCAAAUUUGACAUCAAUUUUCUUCGAAAUCGAUAUCGAUCGGGCAACCUCGUCAUUUCCAUUCGUAUCUCUGGAUCAACUGGAUUAUUUCCACGACACCGAUCGACACAUACUCUUCUCAUUGAAUCCAAUUUUUCAAAUAAAACUAAUCGAACGAUUUGAAGAUAAACUAUGGCGAAUCAAUUUGAUCUUAGUCGAUGAUAAACACGAACAGAUCAAAAAUACCAUCGAUUCCAUUCGACAUAAGCAUGGAAGAAUACAAGAGUUUUUUACCUUAGGUCGAUACAUGAUCGAAACAAACCUAUUCGAUAAAGCGACGAAAAUUUUCGAAAGCCUUCUGAAAAACACUGACGAGAAAGACUCGAAACAAUGCGCCGAUAUUCAUCGUUAUUUAGCAUAUGCUUAUGAAAAAUGCCAAGACCAUUCGCGUGCUCUGUAUCAUUACAAAUCUCAUCUGGAUAUCGAAUUACCGUUGAAACCAGAGAAUCCAUCUUCAAUAGCUUCAAUUCAUUCACAUAUUGGUACCAUCGAAAAAGAACAAGGAAAUUACGAUCAAGCUCGUCAUGCAUUCAUCUCUGCCUUGAAAAUCGUCGUUCAAGCUGAAAAGCCCGAUUCAAACAUGAUCUCGCUUCUUAUGUAUUACAUCGGCCAAGUGUAUUUAUUGAAACAAGACUAUCCAAAAGCACGCGAAUGGUUUCAGAAAGCUUUAAAACCAUCGGCAAAAUCUGAUUCGACUAGCAGGACAACACGUGCUGAUAUUCACCGAGAUUUAUCAAUAGUAUUCGAUUCUCUCGGAUACAACAACGAAGCCAUUGAACACGCGUUAAAAGCGAUAACUAUUGCUAAGGAAAAAUACGGAGAAAAUCGUGAAAGAAUAAAAAUAUAUCAAGACCAAUACGAUCAACUGACGAACAAAAAACAAUAA